UGCUGGCCCCGCCCCGGGCCUAGUGAAUACCGCCGCGCUCCAGGGGCCGCGCGUCGGCGGGCGGUGGAAACAGAGGCGGAAUGUCGGCCGUCCUGCAGCGCAUCGAGCGGCUCUCCAGUAGGGUGGUGCGCAUCCUGGGCUGUAACCCGGGACCCAUGACCCUGCAGGGCACCAACACCUACUUGAUAGGGAUCGGCACCAGGAGAAUCCUCAUUGACACUGGACAACCAGCAAUUCCAGAAUACAUCAGCUGUUUAAAGCAGGCUCUGACUGAAUUUAAUACAACAAUCCAGGAAAUCAUAGUGACUCAUUGGCACACUGAUCAUACUGGGGGCAUAAAAGAUAUUUGUGAAAGCAUCACUAAUGACACUGCGUAUUGCAUUAAAAAACUCCCACGGAAUCCUCCAAGAAAAGAAAUUAUAGGAGACGGAACGCAACAAUAUGUGUAUCUGCAAGAUGGAGAUGUGAUUAAAACUGAGGGUGCCACUCUCAGAGUUAUACACACACCUGGCCACACUGAUGAUCAUAUGGCUCUACUUUUAGAAGAGGAAAAUGCUCUCUUUUCUGGAGAUUGCAUCCUAGGAGAAGGAACAGCUGUAUUUGAAGACCUCUAUGAGUAUAUGAACUCCCUAAAAAAGUUACUGAAUGUCAAAGCUGAUACCAUAUAUCCAGGACAUGGCCCAGUAAUCCAUAAUCCUGAAGCUAAAAUUCUAGAAUACAUUUCUCACAGAAAUACCCGAGAACAGCAGAUUCUUACAUUACUUCGUGAUAAUUUUGAAAAAUCAUUUACAGCAAUGGAGGUUGUAAAAAGCAUUUACCAGACUAUUCCUGAGCAUUUACACAAAAUGGCUGAAAGUAACAUCUUGCUUCAUUUGAAAAAAUUAGAAAAAGAAGGGAAAAUAUUUAGCAACACGGAUCCGGUCAAGAAAUGGAAAACUCAUAUUUAGUUUCAGAUUAAGGAAAGCUUAUGUUGGUUUGUUUUUAGAGAAUGAUGUGAUUUUCUUCACUAUUCAUUAUUUACAGGGAAGAUAGAGUAUAGAACAUUGAAAAUAACCCUAUAUAUACUAUAAAAUAUUGUCACAUUUUCUUCUAAAAUAAAUAUUACAUUUCACAUGUGUACAUUACUUAUCUAA